AUGAUGAGUGGACAAGUUCCAAGUGAGUUGGCCAUGCUGACAACUUUGCAGGAACUCCUACUGGAUGACUGCUCUCUGUCUGGAACUCUCCCCGCUGUGUUGGGGUCUCUAACAAACCUCACCACAAUCAGGUUUCACCGAAACAAGAACAUCAAAGGACCCAUCCCCAGUGAGUAUGGAAUGAUGAAUAGUCUGAUGGACUUGAGCAUCAACCAGAACAAAUUAUCAGGAUCCCUGCCAAGUGAACUGUUCCAGAUGUCAAGUUUGACAGAGCUUACUCUUGUAAAAAAUAAGUUCACUGGAACCAUUCCGGUUGAGCUGAGUUUGCUGACCGGAUUAACUGAUCUGAGGAUACAGAAGAAUAAGUUCUCGGGUGCCAUUCCCAGUGAAGUUGGGAUCCUGACUAGGCUUUCCAGGCUAAACCUUGGUGACAACAAUCUUCAAGGAACCAUUCCAACAGAGAUUGGAAUGCUCUCAAACACGGAAGACAUCUUUCUCGCUGCAGCAUCCCUCGCUGGCCCAAUUCCCUCUGAAUGUGGAUUGCUGGUGAAUACUAUGCAAGACAACCAACUUUCAUUUAUUCCAAUAGACUUCUGGCAGAUGACAAACAUGCUGAAGCUGAAGCUACAAAAUAAUUUGUUCAGUGGACCCUUGCCAUCUGAGAUUGGAGCCUUCAGGAAGAUCGAAGACGUGGAAGCCUAUGAUAACUUUUUCUCAGGGGCUCUGCCGAGCGAACUAGCUCUUCUGACCAGCAUGACUGCAUUGCAGCUGCAUGGAAAUCAACUUUCUGGAUCUAUCCCUGUUGAGCUGUCCAAGUUGGCAUCAAAUGGUAGCUUGGAGCUUUUGACUCUGAGUGGAAAUCCUCUCUCAGGGGUUGUGCCCGGAGAGCUGUGUUCUUUGGGUCAAUACAACACCACAACAAAAGAUCCCUUUGGCCUUGACUUUGACUGUGGUGGCCUCCUUUGUGGCUGUGACUGGUGCCGCUGUGGUCUCCUGUAG